AUGUCCUUGUCAGAGCUACAUGGGUUUAUUCUUAACAAUGACAUUGAAAAAAUCAUAUCACUUAUCAAUCGGGGAGCAGACGUCAACGCUGUGACCAGUCAUGAAACGGCAUUUACCCGUGCUGUGCAGGAGCGUCGCCUGGAAGUCGUUGAUAUCAUCCUCAAUUGUAAUUCAUUUAACCCUAAUGCACUGAACCAAUUUUCCCGAUCGCCACUUUUCAUGGUAUCAAAAAGCAACCUUGUUGAUAAAGUGAGAACACUCUUGCAGUUAGGCGCCGAAGUAGAUGCAGCAGAUCUACAAGGAGUGACCCCGUUGAGCAUAGCGGCUUGGUAUAACAAUUAUGAAAUUGCCGAUGCCCUGAUUGAACACGGAGCCUUGAUGACUCGUGCUGACAGUGCCGGUCUGACGCCCCUUCACAGGGCAUGCUGCAAUGCCAGCCUGGAUGUCGUUAAAGUCCUACUUCGUCAUGGGUGUAAUGUCAACGCGGUGUCACCGGACAUGCGCACUUCACUGACGUUAUCCCUUCCGACUUACUACAACCUAAAAGUGGGUAAAAAGAAAAUGACCGACAUGCUGUCCAUUUGUGAACUGAUCAUCGACGCCGGCUGUGAUAUGAAUAAGCAGGACGCCAAAGGGUGGACAGCACUUCACCACGCUGUGCAAAAUGACAGCGCACCGGCCGUGUGCCUUCUUGCCGAACGAAACUGCCGCUUAGAGCUGAGAAACGAACAGGGUUUCACCCCAUUACAACAAUGCCUUAAGCUCAAUAGAUUCAGUCUUGCAACAUAUCUACUAUAUUAUGGAGCAGACGUGACUGAAGCCAUGCCUUAUUUGGACAGACAUGUGUGUCCACUGAUUUAUCUGCUCUUUAUUCAGUCAGAAUCGGACAAAUUGUUAUUGAAUUCAAAAUUUCGACUUGCACGCUUACUAUGUGAGGCCCAAUUACCUCCCGUAUUUGAUGAGCAAGGCGCCACGACCUGUUUGAAAGCUGACGAGACGUGUGUCAAGUAUGUUGAACUCGAAGAUGUGCAUAGAUGGCUUGAGAACCGCUCGCCGUGUUCUCUGCAGCAUCAGAUCAAAGUCCGGAUUAGGAGAACGAUGAAAGGUUCCAACAUUUUACCGAAAAUCCGCCAACUCCCGAUCGGAAAUAAUCUCAAACAGUUUCUUAACCUUGGCCUCGGUUUAGACAACCUCGAGCUCUUCAAACUCUGUCGUCUGCACGCUUCCAUUGUGGAGUUUGAUCAGAAUGAAAUUGAUGAAAUUCUGCAAACUAAUUUAAACAUUGAUGUUCCUAUUGACGAAAAGACGGCAUUGGAACUGGCCACACAUGUAUCGAACAGAGGUGCCGUGGAGGCUAUAUGGAAGCGACUGUCUUGUUCUAGCUUGGUUGAUAUGAGUGCUACUUCAAGGGAUACAUUGCUAUACAAAGCUACUCCCAGGGAUACAUUGCUACUCAAAGCUACCUCUAGGGAUACAUUGAUACACAUAGCUGCCAGAAAUGGAACGUUUCCAGCUUUAGAAGACUUUCUCACCCUAGAAAAUGUAAACGCACAGAACUCUGACGGCUCCACUCCGCUGCACUUGGCAGUAGCAAAUGGACACUUCAAGACGGCCGAGCGACUUGUUAACAACGGUGCUACGCUAGCAGAACGCGUUGGUGACCUCCCCAUGAUGCACCUGGCUGCCGGCAGUGGGGCUGCAGACUUCGUGGAUCUGUUGUUGUCUAAAGGAGUGGAUCCGAAUCUGCUAGAUCAGUACGGGAACACUCCACUGCAUGUUGCAGCGUCCAAG